AUGAGUUGCGCCUCGGUGCAGCGAUUGCUAUCAGGUGAACUUGCAUUGUCAAUGGAAGUCCACCACCCAGCUUCUCCUGACAGCACGGUGUCGCCUUCGCUACCAUCCGACGCCACCAGUAUUGCCCUAACAUCCGACUCCGGCCGACACCAUCAUCCGACUCCCCAGUGGAAGAUCCGAGUCGGCUGGUCAAGUGAUUCGAUUCCUUCCGACGCUAUUGCCCCGUGCUCUCGCCAGGAGUUUGCGUUAAUCCUUAUCUGCAGACAGACGAUGAACGCUCCCUCUUCAACCACUACCUCCAUGUCGUCGCGCACGCCUUGUCCCGUUCUGGCUAAGCCGGCGAGAAUCCCUUGA